UUGAGAUUCAUUCGUUAGCACUAUGUGGAAUCGCUUUGCCAGUGCAGCGAUCCUGUUGCUGCUCCUCAGCUGGAGCAGCGAAUUGAGCGGCAAACGCAUGCCCGAGAUGACUGCUGAACAGCUCGAGCUGCUAAUGGAAAAGACCAAGGACGAAAGAUUCGAUUCUCGCGUUGUCAAUGGCUUUGAUGCGUUCGUGGGAAUGGCACCUUAUCAAAUCUCCCUUCAGGGCAUGUAUGGUGAUCACAUGUGCGGAGGAGCCAUCAUCGCUGAGAAAUGGGUACUGACAGCAGCACAUUGUGUCUAUGGCUACAAUCCAACAUAUCUUCGUGUGAUCACCGGGACUAUAGAAUGGCAGAAACCUAAUGCCACAUACUUUGUGGAUGAGCAUUGGGUGCACUGCAACUACAACUAUCCCAAUUUUCACAAUGACAUUGCGCUGAUUCGUCUGAAUGAUUCGAUUGUGUGGAAUCAGGUAACACAACCCAUCGCUUUGCCCUCUGGCCUACCGGUCAAUGGCACCAAGUUAUUGCUCACUGGUUGGGGAUCAACGUACUUGUGGAGCGAUACUCCGGAUGUUUUGCAGCAGGCCUCUCUCACCUAUGUGGACUACAAUUCUUGCCAGGAUAUUAUGGGUGGUGAUCCCUCAAAUGGUUAUGGUCACGUGUGCACCCUAACCGACGGAGGACAGGGUGCUUGUCAUGGUGAUUCAGGUGGUCCGGUUGUGCAAGAUAAUGUGUUGUAUGGUCUGGUCAACUGGGGACAUCCAUGUGCAAUUGGCUAUCCAGACAGUUAUGCAUCUACGUACUUUUAUCGUGACUGGAUUCAACGCACCAUGGCGGAGUCCAGCUGUAAGACCUGCCAUUGCUAUGCUAGCAACUAUCCCUACUGAUAAGUAAGACUCGAUACACGAUUUAGUUUCAAUUGCUAACCAAGUAAAUUAAUAAAAUAAAUAUUUAAAACUAAA